AUGAUUGGCUACUACCGCGCCGUCCGCCGCGGUCCCUUUAUUUUCGUCUCCGGCACCACCGCAGUUGACCCGUCCUCUGAAUCCGCCGAUCCAAAAGUCCUUCAUCCAGGCGACGCAAGAGCUCAAGCCCAUGUCGCAUUCCAGGAGAUCUUCAAAGCCGUAGAGGCACUAGGGGGACGUGGUGCAGAAAGCAUUGUGCGCGCCAAGAUGUUCGUCGCACGACAGCAAGACUGUACAGCCGUGGCGCAAGCAUUCAGCGAAGUGUUGGGAAAGGAGAAUGGUGAUGAUUUUGGAUGUGCUGCUACCAUGAUUGUCGUAGGCGGGUUCGUGGAUCCUGAGAUGCUUGUGGAAAUCGAAUGCGAUGCUAUGGUGGAUUGA